AAGUUAAGAGUGGGUCAGUUUAUGAAAGCCCCAGCAAAAGCGCGCGCAGAUACAUUCAGAGCCUCGAGAGAAGACGAGAUAGACGCGCGUGCGGUUCUUUUAGUCUUUGGAUCUGUACGUGCUGGUGCUAAAGCACUUUGAUAGGCUAAACUUACUGCGUUCCAGCACUUUUAGACAAGAGGAGCAAAAAGCCAGGCCGCGCUUGUGUCGUAACAAGAAUUGUAUAACUUUAUUUGUCCUCCCGUAAAAAGAAGCACAAUGUUUGAGGCACGUCUCGUUCAAGGAUCAAUCCUUAAGAAGGUUCUGGAGGCCCUGAAAGACCUCAUCACCGAAGCCUGCUGGGAUGUCAGCUCCUCGGGCAUAUCGCUGCAGAGCAUGGAUUCAUCUCAUGUGUCUCUGGUGCAGCUCACGCUCCGGAGCGAUGGAUUCGACUCCUACCGCUGCGACAGAAACCUGGCCAUGGGUGUCAAUUUGAGCAGCAUGUCAAAGAUUCUUAAGUGUGCUGGAAAUGAAGAUAUCAUCACACUUAGGGCAGAAGACAAUGCGGACUCUUUGGCACUUGUUUUUGAAACACUCAAUCAGGAGAAAGUGUCCGAUUAUGAGAUGAAACUUAUGGAUCUGGAUGUAGAGCAGCUUGGCAUUCCAGAGCAGGAAUACAGCUGUGUGGUAAAGAUGCCCUCUGGUGAAUUUGCCCGAAUCUGCAGGGAUCUGUCACAGAUCGGCGAUGCCGUCAUGAUCUCCUGCGCCAAAGACGGUGUGAAGUUCUCUGCUAGUGGAGAGCUGGGCACAGGCAACAUCAAGCUCUCACAGACCAGCAAUGUCGACAAGGAGGAUGAAGCGGUGACAAUUGAGAUGAAUGAGCCAGUGCAGCUUAUUUUUGCAUUGAACUACCUGAACUUCUUCACCAAAGCCACCCCUCUGUCCAAGACGGUCACUCUUAGCAUGUCUGCAGAUAUUCCACUAGUGGUCGAGUACAAAAUUGCAGACAUGGGACACGUCAAAUAUUACCUGGCACCCAAGAUCGAUGAAGAAUCAUCCUAAAUCCAAGUGCAAGACAGAAGUCUGUCAAGUGCAGAAUUUUGGUGCGCAUGUCUGAAGUUAUUUGUUAAGAUGUUUUGGGAAAAUGCAUUUUACUACUCUUCGUCUGCGGUGGUGUCUGGUUCAAUGGAUUCACAAUUCUGUUACCAUCUAAGCCAUUUCAUAUGAUUGGCAGAUAUAUGGGCACGCUUAAACAAUAGCAGUUUGGUACUUGGCUUUACCAGGCUCUGUGGGCUGAAUCUAGAGUUGUUGUACUCUACUUUGGUCUAGUUUCAUUUUCUUAAUCUUUGUGCUCGCCUUCCUCCUUGACUCCACUUCUUGACUCCGGUUUUCGUCCAACUGCUCAUUCCAGUAUGUAGAUAAUUGUCUGUAAAUAUGCUAAUUGGACACCGUUCAUCCAGUCAAACAUUAAUAAAAGGUUUUGUAAUGA